UUAUGGUAUGGGCGCAUCGUCCAUAACACGAACCACAAGUACCAGUCGUCCUGGAAGUACUUCAGUAUGUGGUGUACUGAACAGCGUCUCGAUCCCAUUUGCGCCACCGAUUUGGACGUGGUGAAUCACCUUGCCUUCCUCCAUCAUAACGGGAAAAGCGUCAAAGUCAUUGAAAGCGCGCGGUCCACAAUCACCAGCACCCUCACGCUCCUUUCACCGCCCCGCCCCUUCCACCGCUCGUACCUCGCCCAGUCGAUUGUAAAGGCAAUGCAUCUGAGAACUGGCCCCCAAAAGAAGGCCUACACAAAGAUAUGGAAUCCGGCGACGCUGGGGAAUUAUGUCGCCUCGUCAGAGGUGGACUGGAAUGAGCUGCGUGCAGUGAGUCGUCGAUUAGCCGUCAUCAUCAUGCUGACUAACAAAUGCCGGCCGAGCCACUUGGCAAACCUCCAUCACAACCGGUGCAAGGUGCGCCCAUCUCACCUAGAACUACGAUCGUGGCGACCUAAGGAAUGGCGAUAUCAACAUCAACAUGGGGAAGAGGUCUUUGAAGGCCACGACUACCGCGUUAUCACCGUCGCUCGCAUUCCCACUCGCAACCUCGACGUCGGCGCGCUCUACCCUCGAAUGAUUGAGCUGCAAGGUACUCGCCGAGCGGGAAUCAAGGCAGUCUUCAUCAACAUGCUGAAGAAUUCCCCCAUGGCGCCGAAUACCAUAUCCAAACUUGUCGCCACCGCCAUGCGCGAUGCGGGAAUUGGUCCCGAAUACACGCCGAAAUUGAUCUCUCACGCCGUCACUACCGCUCAAUGCAACGGCGGCGUAGCCACCGAGGCCAUCCGUGCCGGACGCUGGCUCCCCGGCUCCACGGUCUUCGAAACGCAUUACACCAUCCGCAACGACAACGGAAAGGUGCCCUCCGAUGACGACGACAGCAGCGACGUCAGCCCACGAGACUGCAGUCGCCACCUACUUCAACACGGCAGCCGCGGCGCUCACUACAUUGACGAAUUAGCACAACCUCGAACGGAAUCCAUUAUGCUCUUCUCCAUACUCGCCACCGCGCUGCCAUUCCGAAACGAUGAUCACCGGCAAUCCCCGACGAUGAUCACUAUUUAUCACUAUUUAUAGGGUUUUUUGGGUUCCCCUGGUGGUACCCCCACCGAAUAUGGCGCCCAGUAGAGAAAGGGCGCUCCCAUCAACUCCAUUCACACCAUCCCUUACCCCCUCGGCAUUAGCCAUUAGCCAUUAGCAGUCAUUAGCUCUCGCUCCAAAGAGAUAGACGAGAAGGGGGGGGGGGGGGGGAUGGGG